AUGGAAGAACUUAGAUUUCAAGAAUAUCUUGAAUCAGUUGAUGAAGCGAAGUAUGAGAAAAUUGUCAGUACUUUUACAGCAAUUAAUUGGGAAAACCAUGCAGAAGUUGAAGAAAAUAUCCUCGAUACACAGUUGGAGUAUGAAGAAUGGGUUGGAAAACGCAGAGAAGAAAAUCCAACGUUUGAGUUCUUUUCGUCCCUAAUCGACAUCGUCUCUUUGCUUCUCGUAUUUAUCCGAGCUACUAGGACGUCAGACUUUAACCUUCAUCUGGCUGUCAUAGAACAUAUGAUGCCAUGUUAUUUCGCGUACGAUCGGACAAAUUACGCAAGAUAUCUUCCUGCAUACUGGACGGAAAUGUGCAAUUUGAAGAUGACACAUCCGCUUGCUUACGAGGAAUUUCAGACGAGGGGCUCUUGGACUAUCCAGAGGCAAGAUAAAUGGCCUUUUGCAUCGAUAGCUUGUGACCAAGGCCUCGAAGAAACAUUAAACAGGGAUACCAAGAUCCAAGGUGGAAUCCGACGUUUCACUUUCAUCCGAUCAGCCGUAUUGCGGUGGCUAUACGCACAACCUGAACGUGCAGAGAUUGCACGUAUUUGUGAAGAAAUGUGUGGCCUAGAAAGGUCUGAUCGAAAGCCUAAAGAGCUCGAUAAAACUCGUAUCAGACGUGUGCGUGAGUUGGUCCAUUCUGUUAAGAAUACAAUAUGCAGCAUGUUGAAUCCUUGGUCUUCCAGCGAAGACAAUUCCUAUCUUGUUAACAUUAGCUCUGGAGCAAUCGCAAUCGAUAAGGUGAAAGAUGAUCUUCUUCAAGCGUACCAUAUUGGAAAAACCAACAUGACCCAAUUUCUCAAGGACAGGAUCAAUCCAGAUGGGAAAAUUAACUUGUAUGAUACUUUACCGAAAGUCAAUUUGAAAACAUUCGCACACAACUAUGAUACAUCAACGAAGGUUUCUAGUUCAACGAUUUCAAAGAACUCAAGAUCCCUGUUAGCCAAUCUAGGGAGAUCGACAUGA